GGCUUAUGUACAAAUGAUGCCCAGGCUCUGGCUAGCUGUAGUUCUAGCCGUUGGGCUCAUCACACUUGCGAAGUUCGCUGCGAAAACCACUAGUGUCUUCUUGCAGACAUUUAUUCUUCCCGGAAAAUCGCUGAAAAAAUACAUGUCGCGUUCCGGGUCAGGAUCAUGGGCAGUGAUCACCGGUGCAACUGACGGUAUUGGAAAGGAGUUCGCAUUGCAGCUCGCAAAACGCGGUUUCAACAUCGUCAUUGCCAGCCGGUCAGAGGAGAAAUUGAAGCUGACAGCCAGCGAAAUAGAGGCCCAAACAAAAGUGAAGACGAAGACGAUUGCGAUAGACUUCUCUGCAGCUAGCGAAACGAACUACAAGGCCCUUGCCAGUGCCUGUGCUGGUCUGGAUAUCGGAGUACUGGUGAACAACGUCGGACGAUCGCACGAGCUCCCAGUCUCGUUCGUAGAGACACCUCUUGACGAACAACAAAGUAUUGUGGGCAUCAACAUCAAAGCUACUCUUCGUGUCACACAGAUCGUUUUGAAGAACAUGCUUCAGCAGCGCCGAGGUCUUAUUUUGACGCUUUCUUCCUUCGCCGGAGCAACGCCCUCUCCCCUCCUCGCGACGUACUCAGCUACAAAGGCAUUCCUGCAGACUUGGUCCGAUGCACUGCAAGCUGAGUUAAAUGGAACCGGGAUAGACGUGGAAUGCGUUUCGACGUAUUUCGUUGUUAGCAACAUGUCCCGUAUCCGCCGCUCAUCCAUCAUGAUCCCCAUGCCAAAGGCGUACGUGUCGUCCGUCCUCAGAAAGAUCGGCCUUCCAUGUGGAGCACUUUGGACAGGUCGCCCAUCAACGUCAACCCCGUACUGGUCACACUCUCUCCUUGAUUACUUCAUCAAUGCUGUUGGAUGGAAAGCUGGAUUCAUCGCUUAUACCCUUAAUUUGCACAAAGAUAUCCGACGCCGUGCUCUGCGCAAGAAAGAACGCGAAGCCGCAGCACUCAAGAAGGACUAGAUCACUGCUGCCUCCACCUCCACUUUAUCCCUGAACUAAU